AUUUCCUGUUGAUUGAUAUUACAUUUUCAGAUUCGACUUUUGUUAUCGCAUCACCGAAUAAUGAAAAAUGCCAAUACCUAUAAUAAACUUCUGCAUCCAAACACCCCAUGUCAGAAGUUAUGUCUACAGGAUAAUAUGACUGCCCUUCCUUUGUUGGAUUAAAGAAAAUUGCAUAGGACAAUAUAGAACUUUCACAAUAGUCACCACGGCGGAUUUCCACGAUUCUCCAAACAUGGACAUCAUCCUCGAGGAAGACAUUGUAGAAGCCUUCGACAACAAUACGGCAGCGGAGCCUUUCGAGGACUAUCCCAUGUCUCCUUUAGAGGCUGUAUCCACAGCAGUCAUCCUGGCCAUCAUCAUUCUUGCCACAAUCAUUGGAAAUGUACUCGUCAUCAUCUCUGUCUUCACCUAUCGUCCCUUGCAGAAUGUUCAGAAUAUGUUCAUUGUUUCAUUAGCUGUAGCAGACAUCACCGUUGCUGUUCUAGUCAUGCCAUUGAAUGUUGCAUACACUUUAAUGUCUCAAUGGAAGUUUGGUUUGCCCAUAUGCAAGAUGUGGCUCACGUGUGAUGUCCUUUGUUGUACGGCCUCGAUACUUCAUCUGUCCGCCAUAGCACUGGACCGUUAUUGGGCAAUCCAUGAUCCUAUAAACUAUGCCAGUAAGAGAACACUGAAAAGAGUGCUUAUUAUGAUUGCAGCAGUUUGGGUGGUCAGCAUGAUCAUUUCUGCUCCACCCCUCAUAGGAUGGAAUGAUUGGCCUGAGGACUUCACGGAAGAUACGCCCUGUAUGCUCACGGAGGAAAGAGGUUAUGUCAUAUACUCAGCUAGCGGCUCUUUUUACAUACCACUGGUUAUCAUGACGGUGGUUUAUGUGAAAAUAUUCGAAGCAGCCAAAGACAGGUUGAGACACAAGGCGAAAGCUGCUGCAAAAUUGGCAGCAAUGAGGAAAAGUCCUGAUACCACAUCAACCAUUCCACUGAAGUCGAUGCAAUCAGAAAUCAGCACUAUCGCAGUCACUGAUGAAUCCACAUCGUCAUCAGCUAACAAGGGGUCUGACGAGAAAACGGACAUCAUCGCUGAGGACAAACAGGUGGCGACGACUGAGUUCACAAAUAAGAAUAAUCUCACAGUCGAAACACCGAAGCCCAAAGGCAGAACAUUGGUUCCAGAUGGUAACCCACGCCUGACUGCAACGGUGCGGCAUUACAUGAAAGAAAAGCAAAAGAUUUGUUUGCAAAAGGAAAGAAGAGCAGCAAGGGUACUCGGUAUCGUGAUGGGAGUUUUUGUCGUCUGCUGGUUACCAUUUUUCCUAAUGUAUGUCAUUUUGCCUUUCUGUGACAGUUGUUAUGUGUCGAAUAGAGUAGUGAAUAUGAUAACGUGGCUUGGAUAUUUCAACUCAGCACUCAAUCCUGUUAUUUACACAGCUUUUAAUACAGACUUUCGAAAGGCAUUCAUAUAUAUACUUUGCCGAAAACCCUAAAUUCGAACUUUGAACUAGUAUUUUUAUAGCAAUAAAUCUCAAUGUGUGUAUAAAGCAAUGUUAUUGUUAAUAAUUCAGAUGCUAGUUUUCUGAUUGCAAAACAAUGCAAGUGUUCAAGUAUUUGUGAUUU